UCAAACAUGCUGUAACCCAAGUGUCAUCUCAAAAUAUAUCAUGUGGGAACUCAACUUCAAAUUUCUUAACUACAUAGCUUUGAUAUGAACAACUUUUUAUUCAGCCUUUUCCAAUUCAAAACACAAUCAAACUCUCAUACAAAAUUCCCCUCAAAAAAAAAAAAAAAAACUCACAUACAAAUUGUAGGCAACCUAGACAAGUAUAAUUAACAAUCGUAUGAUGAUGAACUUCCACCGAUUUCAUGAUUCAUGGGUGGAGAAAUUGAACAAGUUCACUAGCCAGCUCGCUAGCACACCAACUCCUCGGCCAAACUCCACUUCAGACCACCAACAUGUUCGACAGCUCGUCGACGAGGUUGUCGCUCAUUACGCUCACUACUACGAAACCAAGACCACCGCGGCUAAAACCGACGUGCUCACUUUGUUCGCAUCGCCUUGGGCUUCAUCUCUGGAACGCUCACUCUAUUGGGUGACGGGCUUCCGUCCUACCACUCUUUUCCACCUUGUGUACACCGAGUCGAGCAUUCGGUUUGAGUCCCAUGUGGCGGAUAUCUUGCGAGGUCGCCGUACGGGGGACCUUGGGGAGCUUACACCGGGCCAACUGGCUCGGGUUAGUGAACUCCAGUGCUUGACUGUGAAAGAGGAAAACGACAUUGGAAAUGAGCUUGGAGGCUGGCAGGAGGAGGUAGCCCGCUCUGAGCCCGAAUGGUCUGGGUUGUGUGGAAAUGGGCCUGACGGUCUAGACCGUCUACUCGCAAGGCUUGGUGCGGUGGUGGCUAAGGCAGAUGAGCUGAGGAUGAAGACGAUACGCCAGGUGGUGGAGCUACUGACACCGCAGCAGGCGGCUGAGUUCUUGAUAGCGGCGGCGGAGCUUCAGUUGGGGAUUCAAAGGUGGGGUUUACAUCAAGAUCGGGCACGUGUCGUUGAAAUUAAAGAUGUUGACACCUUGUAAUUGUGGGUGCAUCAUGCAUGUAUGCAUGAUUCCAUGGUUUGUUUUUUAAUUGCUUGAAAAUCCUAAAAGUUAGGAAAUUAAAAUGGUUGCGGCAAUGAACAAUUUGGAGGCUAUUUGCAUCCUAGUAACAGGAAUUAGGAAUCUAUUAUUUUAAGCUUAUGAAAUUAGGUUUUUUUUUUUCUAUAAAUAUAAGUUGGAAGUUUAAUGAACUGAUGUAUUAUUAAUUGGAUAUUCU